AUGGAAAGAGUCCGCGUUGGCGACAUCGGUCCCAAGUUUGGUUUCAACUCUAGCGACAAUGGAUUCCUACUUUUCAACAAUUACAGAAUCCCUAGGAAGAACAUGCUAAUGCGAUAUUCAAAGGUUGAAAAAGACGGAACGUUCGUGGCACCAAAACAUUCAAAAUCUGGCGAAGUCCAAAUUUUGGAUUACCAAACUCAACAAUUUCGUCUGUUUCCGCAACUAGCACGUGCAUUUGCAUUCAUGUUCGCAGCUUAUGAAAUCCGCGAUCUUUAUAUGAAGAAAAAUCUUGACCGCUUGCCAAACCAGAAACCUUUAGUCGGUGGAUGCACUUACGAGGGAGAAAAUAUAGUAAUGCUGCUUCAAGUUGCUAGGUUCCUGAUGAAAGCUGCCGAAGAGGUUCGAAGGGGUAGUGCCAAGCUGGCAGCUAUAUGCGACUAUAUCGGUAAACAAGGCUCCAGGCAUUCUUCCUUAAAAUCUUGGGAUAAAUACUCUGAUGAAGAGAUAAUACAUGAUUUUGAGCAUGUAGCAAGGAACCAGGUAUUCCGGGCUUAUGAUGUUUUGAAACGACAUCAGCGAGAAUCCACAUUAGAAGAAGGCUGGAAUCGUGCUUCCAUAGAAUUAUGCAAAGCUUCAAGGGUCAGAUAUUUAUGA